UAUAACCUCAAAAUAAGCCAAAUAAAAUGUGUUUACCUUGUGUUUAUGAAAAUUAUUACAAACUUUAAGGUAUAAUUAAUCGAAAUAGAAAUGAGUCAAAUUUUAAACAAAGUUCGGGACUUAGAUCCUCACGAUACAGAUGCAGCUAAGGAAGCCUUAUCCUCUUUCUUCCCUAAUUUAGCAAAACACAAAGAAGGCGACUGCGUGCGAUGGCUAAGAUCACUAGAAGGCGUUAUAAACCGGUUCCCAAAGCUCUGCGGUUCGCAACGGGCAAAUAUAGAAAAAUACAUAGUCCAUUUCUUGGACUCAAGCAAUUGCAACAUUGUAAUAGAAGCCGCUAAAUGUGCUCAUGUGCUGCAGCAAGUGCGCCCUGGGCAGGAGAAAGCAGCCACGCCCAAAGUUUGCUGGCGGGAUCUCAUGAGCGCCCUCUGCAACGCUGUGCACUCUCUCCUCUCCGAGAUAUUCCCUAACGCAGUUAACAUCUACAGGAGCAAUGGGGAAGAAGAGAACAAAAUAACAUCAGACUCAAUUCUGUUGUCCACAUUGAGCGACCUAUCUUUAGUAUCCGGGCAGGAGCGAAUACUGAACAGGCAACAGAUACUGUGCACAAGGCUCCGGAAUGUGUUUAUCUUCAUUCAAGCCAUGCUUGUUGAAAUAUACCCAGUGGGUAAGCCGGUGCGGCCACAGAUGAUAUUAGACGCCGUGAUCCGAGCGCUAGGGGCCAGCGGGGACGCGGCGCACAGCUCUGAGUCUGUGGCGACCGUUAAAACGCACGCGCUGAGAACGCUGGACGCUCUCGUGGCUUGUUUGGGAUCAAAUCUGAUCCCAUUUUCUCCCCUAGUCUUCAAAUGUGUGAUGCAGACGCUGCGAUGGACUUCAGAUAAUCAAAAUGAUCAAACAAGUGGCGUCCGGAUCACAGCUUACAACAGCCUAUCCACUUGGCUGAACAGCUUACGCUGUCAUCGCGCGCCGGUGCGCGCUCGCGGCUGGCACGACGAGCUAGUCUCACAUAUAACCAGUGACGUCACUCCGCAGACACAUACCGUGCAGCUGACGAUGAAUAAUCCGCCACGAAACCUGUCAAAGAAACAAAAGAAGAAACAAGCACAAGUAAUGUUGCAACAGAGCUCGAUAGCGAACUACGCUCCCGGCGCAAACAAUACUACCACGUGUGCGGAGUCCAACGAGGAAACAGUUAUAGCAGCGUUGGAGUGUACGGAAACGUUCCUGACAGUCUGUGGAAUAUUUCUCAAACCGGCCACUCAUAAGGUCUUCCACGAGCUGCUAGUUCGCGAAUGUUUCCACCUAGCUGACUACAGCAGUGCCCGCGGCCUGGCGCUGCUCCGCGCUCUAGAAGCUUCUAGAAGGAGCGCCCCGCCAGGGGUGCCCCCUCCCACACAGUACUGCCUUCAACUGUAUAGCGCUGCCGUCAAUAGCCAGUGUAGAGAGAUCUCCAAAUUCUGCACCCAAGCCCUCCUAGACAUCAGGCUGCAUCUGCACUGCUCGCCGCCGUCGCUCAGUUUCGCGGCCGACACACAGACUGCACAGAAGGAGGUAGAAGAGAAGAGAAGGAUGUCCAGAAGGAACCGGGAGGCGCUGGAGUCAUUGCUGGGAGCUGACAAAAUACCACCAGAAUCCUGCGACAUAGACGCACCGGAACUGGAAGAGCCUACCAUCAAGAAGCCCCGAAUCGACGAUGAUAAAAUCAGCCUCAGCAGCUCCUCCGAACACUCCAUACAAGUCUGCGACUCCGACUCAGAAGACAUCGAAGAAGUUCCCAUGGACCCCGAAGAAACACAUGCUGUCCAUGAAAUAUCCACUGAAGAGACCAUCGUUACGCAUGCUGAUGUCCAUGAAAUCUCCACCGAAGACAAUCCGGACACAACGGACUAUAAAAAAGUUAAUAACAUCCAUGAAGCGACAACACAAAUGCCAAUAGACACAGUUGAUGGGGACAGUCUCUCCGGUAAAUCUAAUGAAGUUGGCUACGGUUACCCGAAUACAGGAAAGUCUGUGGCUGUGCUUGAGAAUUUAGAAGAUGAGAAUUUACCGAACACUAAUGAGACAGAUGAUGUUCAUAUCACUUGCGGACAGGUUGCAGUUACGCCUGAAGAUUUAGAUAAAGAAGAUAUCAAUAUUGAUAAAGAAAUUAAAGUCAAUGGAGUCAAGUCUCCAGAGAAGUCUCCUGAGAAACGGGAGGUAGAAGGCAGUGUCACUGUUAAAAUGGCGGUUUCCAAUGAUGGGGUGUCUGUGGAAGAUAUGUUGGCGGACUUUGUGGAUGAAGUUAAUGAUGAUAAUAUUACGCAAGCUUGAUUUUGUUGUUAAGUUUAGACAUUUAAAAAUAUAAUAUAAAACUAUUAUAGUCGGUCAACCAUGUUUGUCACUAUAAAAUAGCGCGAAAUAUUUUUUAUGGGACGCUUUGCCGCUUUUUUUUAGUCACCUAAAUGGCUUGACAGACUUUGUUUAAAUCUGCGUUAUGGACCCUAUUUUAUAAAGCAACAAGUUUAUGUUGUGUGCAAGGGGUACAUAUAGACUGUCACCCAAUUCUCGGCACUAAAAAAAGGCGCGAAAUUCAAAUUUUCAAUGGGAAUUAAACCUUCGCCCCUACAUUUUCAAUCAAUUUUUAAGUGAUUCCGUCGAUGAUUACGCCAACGUCAAGGUUGGAAGGCAUGUAUUUGCAGACAAUUGGCCGGUUAACCCUACACGUUUUAAAUUUGCCGCCUUUUUAUAGUGUCAUAAUUUGGUUGAACAUCUAUCCUCGUCCUGCCCACCAUAUACAGCUUGGAGACAUUGAAAUUUAAACCAAAUUCUUUAAUUAAUAGGGUAGAUUCUCCUUUUGUACCACGGUUUAAAAAAUAUAGAUAUUUUUUUUUAAUUAAUAAUUUUCAAAAAAUAGAAUAUGUCCAUUAUAAAUCACAUUGGGCAGGACGAGGAUAUAGUAACUUGAAGCUGCAUGCUCCAUGGGUGGAGGCAUUUACUAUCAUUAUAAGUAUUUGUAACUGGUGCCAAUAAGAGUGUAAUCCGCCAUGCUUAAAGCUGAAUUAUUAAACGAAUCUACA